AUGUCUUAUCACUUAGGUACCAAUCUGUUAAAAGAGCUUAAAAAACUAGAUGACAAAGUUUUGCUUGUUGAAGUUCAACUUCUCGAGAGCCAAAUUUAUUACCGAGUUGGCAAUUUGCAACGCUCCCGAGCUGCUCUCACCUCAGCGCGCACCACUGCCAAUGGUAUUUACUGCCCACCAAGGCUUCAGGCCUCAUUGGAUCUUCUUUCAGGUUCGUGGAUACCUUAA